GAGACAGCUCCGGUUCAAAAAUAUAAAAAUAUACACCAGAAACUCUUUCUUUUUGUUCCUGUUUAUUUCAUAUUAUAGAACAUUGAAAUGGUUCCGGUCCCGAAGCCUACAAAGCAAAUCUACGAUUACCUUGUGAUUGGUGGCGGCUCUGGGGGUUUGGCCUCUGCUCGCCGAGCCAGCGGUAUCCACAAGGCUAGCGUGGCCCUUAUAGAAGCACAACAUCGUCUCGGUGGUACUUGUGUCAAUGUCGGCUGCGUACCUAAGAAAGUCAUGUGGAAUACAGCUGCGGUGGCCGAGACUUUGCGCGAUGCUCCUAGUUACGGUUUCGAAUUGAAGGCCAUGCCAGCAUUCAACUGGGGCGCUUUGAAGGCUAAGCGCGAUGCUUAUGUGAAGCGUUUGAACGGAAUUUACGAACGUAACUUGGGCAACGAUAAUGUCGAGCAUUUGCAAGGUUUUGCUAGCUUUGUUGGACCCAACACCGUUCGUGUUCAGCACUCCGAGACCGAGUCGUACGAAGUGCAAGCAAAAAAUAUUCUAAUUGCCACUGGUGGCCACCCUAUUAUUCCCAACAUUCCCGGUGCUGAACUCGGCAUUGAUUCGGAUGGCUUCUUUGAUUUGGAAACGCAGCCCAAGCGUGUGGCUGUAAUUGGCACUGGUUACAUUGGUAUCGAGAUUGCUGGUAUUUUUAAUGCUUUGGGCUCAGAGACCACCGUAUUCUCGCGCACCAAGCACAUUCUGCGACACUUUGACAGCAUUAUUCGCGACAACGUGUUGAAGGAGAUGGAAGCGACCGGUGUCAAGUUUGCUUACGAGUCGCAGGUCAAGUCCUUGUCGCGCUCUGACAGCGGUAUCCGUGUCGAUUACGAAUCGGCUGGUGAGUCGAGUUCCGUGGAAGUCGAUUGCGUCCUCUGGGCUAUCGGCCGUGCACCCAACGUAAAGAAGCUCAACUUGGAUGCUGCUGACGUCAAGACCGACGAGAAGGGUUAUAUCGUUGUUGAUGAAUACCAGAACACCUCGACCGCUAAUGUGCUUGCAUUGGGUGAUGCCUGUGGUAACUUUGAAUUGACGCCUGUUGCCAUUGCUGCUGGUCGUCGUCUUUCGGACCGUCUCUUUGGCGGCGAGCAAUUCAAGAACGCAAAGAUUGAUUACGACAACAUUCCUACCGUUGUGUUCUCGCAUCCUACUGCCGGUACCAUUGGUUUGACCGAAGACGAAGCCCGUGCCAAGUUUGGCGAUGCCAAUGUCAAGACUUACACCUCCAAGUUCGUCAACAUGUACUUUUCCAUGCUGGAUCACAAGGAGCCCACUGCUUACAAGCUUGUGGUGACGGGCCCUGAGGAGAAGGUUGUUGGUGUGCAUCUGUUUGGCCGUGAAAGUGAUGAAAUCCUUCAAGGCUUCGGCGUUGCUGUUCGCAUGGGAGCCACCAAGGCCGAUUUCGAUAACUGCGUAGCUAUCCAUCCUACCGCUGCCGAGGAGUUGGUGACCAUGCGCUAAAGGGGGAUCGUCUCCUCUACUUUUCUUGUAAUUUCCUUUUUAUUAAUACUUGAUUGUACUAUAACAUUUGACACAUCCAUUACAUAUAUGCGAUAUACAUCAUUGCUGGGAUAUUGCGCAGCGUUAGAGUGCAUAAAUGCAUGCAAUUCUAUGUGAAACAGCAAGGAUUAUUGUAGUUCUUGUACGCAGCAAGAUGAUGAUACAGAAAAA